AUAACACGCGAAUUACAAAAAUAUCUAAAACGAGACGAUUAUAUCCUUUUACCAAUAAAAAGUUGCAUUUUACUUUUUUUUAUCGUUUAAAAAGACUAUUAAAAAAUGAGAAUUUAAACCAACCAUUUAUUUUUGCAUUAAUAAUUAAAUAAUAUCAAUCCAUUAUGCAUUAAAUAUGCCAAUAGAAGGAAAAAUGAAAAAACUCCAAUAGUCUCCCUUCCUUUAUAAAAAGAAAAUUGAUAUUUCGAAAGUAAAAAUGAGUGCAAAGAGACGUUCAAGAAAUUUAAAAGGGUCUCAAACUAGUUUGAACCAUGAAAUGUCAUUUCGUACUGGUAGUCCUGCUGGUUUCCAAACUCCAUCUUCUGUACCUAAAAAAACUGGUUGGUUAGAUGACAAUUAUGAAAUGCAAUAUGAUACAGCAAAUCAAGCUCCUACUGGAAUGGAAGCAGAACCUUUUAGCAUGCAGACAGUUGUUACAGCAGAUCAUAGAAUUGACGAUAAAGAAAAACCUGUUGGAUGUUGGAAAAGAUUUUCGAGAGGUGUCAGAGGAUUAUGGAAAACACGCUUCACAGAUGAUAUUGAAGAUCCAGAAGUUAUUGUCAAAACCACUCUGAGAGAACUUGCAAUUUAUCUUGUGUUUAUUGUGAUACUUUGCAUUAUGACGUUUGGAAUGACGAAUUCAACUCAGUUUUAUUUUACCCAAGUGAUGAGUGGUCUUUUUGCCGGUGAUGGUAAUACCUCACCAGCAUUUGCUGCUAUUUCAUCACUAAAAGGUUUUUUUGAUUAUGCUGAACAAACACUUGUUCAAGGUCUUUAUGUUGAGAAAUACUAUAAUGAUGAGCCAGUUUUAGAUUCAGAGAAAGGCUAUGUUCUGUUUGAAAACAAAAUAUUAGGUAUCCCAAGAUUGCGCCAAGUACGAGUUAGAAAUGAUUCUUGUGUUGUGGCUGAUGACUUUAAAAAAGAAAUAAAAGAGUGCUUUGCACCAUAUUCAGCUACAGCUGAGUUUACAGGUUCAUAUGGACCAGGGGAUUCGCAAGCGUGGAAUUUUAGUACAGAAAGUAGUCUGAAUGGACGUUCAUUUGCUGGACAAAUUUCAACAUAUGGAGGAGGAGGAUUUGUGCAACUGUUGGGUAAUGAUGCAAAUGAAUCUCUAUACAUACUUGAAUAUCUGAAGAGUAAUCUUUGGCUUGAUCGAGGCACAAGAGCUGUUUUUAUUGAUUUUACAGUUUACAAUGCUAAUAUCAACUUAUUUUGCGUUGUUACAUUACUAUUUGAAUACCCUGCAACUGGUGGUUGUAUUCCCUUCCCAACAUACAGAACACUAAAGUUAUUGCGUUAUGUAACAACAAUGGAUCAUUUUGUGAUGGCAUGUGAAGGAUUGUUUGUUGCAUUCAUUUUAUAUUACUUUGUUGAAGAAGUAAUUGAAAUUAAAAAGCAUCGGGCUUCCUACUUUUCAGAUAUUUGGAACAUUUUUGACUGCAUUGUUAUAAUAAUGGGAAUGAUUUGUAUUGCUUUUAACAUUUAUCGUACUGUCGAAGUUGGCCGAUUGCUACAAAAUUUGUUGACUCAGCAACAUCAGUAUGCAAACUUUGAAUCGUUAAGUUAUUGGCAAACACAAUUUAAUGAUUUUGUUGCAGUUGCAGUUUUUAUAUCAUGGAUAAAGAUUUUCAAGUACAUAAGUUUCAACAAAACCAUGACACAGUUGCAAUCAACUUUAGCUCGUUGUGCAAAAGAUAUUGCAGGAUUUGCUGUCAUGUUCUUCAUCAUCUUCUUGGCAUAUGCACAAUGGGGCUAUCUUAUUUUUGGAACACAAGUUCAAGAUUUCAGUACAUAUUUAAGUAGCAUUUUUACAUUGUUUCGAAUCAUACUUGGAGACUUUGAUUUUGGUGCAAUGGAAAAUGCCAGCCGUUACUUAGGUCCAAUAUUUUUCAUUACGUAUGUGUUCUUUGUGUUCUUUGUUUUGAUCAACAUGUUUUUGGCUAUCAUCAAUGAUACUUAUGCCGAAGUGAAGUCUGAUCUAGCUGAGCAACAAGAUGAAUUUCAAGUUGGUGAUUAUUUCAAAAAAGGAUAUGAUAAAAUGAUGAGCAAGUUAAAAUUUAAGCGGGAAAAGAUUGUUGACAUUCAAAAAGCUCUUCAAACUGCUGAUGCAAAUCAAGAUAAUAAAUUAGACUUUGAAGAAUGGAGAGCAGAGUUAAAAUUACGUGGUCAUGCUGAUGCUGAAAUUGAGGCUGUGUUUGCUCAGUAUGAUAUUGAUGGUGAUCGAACCCUUAAUGAACUUGAACAGCAACAAAUGCAGGAUGACUUGGAAGGCCAAAAGAUGGAACUCAAUGAUGAGAUUCAAGAAGCGAAGAACGAUGUAAGAAAAACGAGAAGUAAAGCAAGUUUAAGAUCUGGAGAUGGUGAAGAUGAAAAUGAAGAAAGCGACGAUGCAAGUGAUCCAAGCUCACAGAGGCGUGGAGGUCGUGGUGGCGUUGGAUAUGAUGAAUUUUCCGUUUUGGCUCGACGUGUUGACCGCGUUGAACAUAGUAUCGGUAGCAUUGUAUCAAAAAUUGACGCCGUACUACUAAAACUAGAAGCCAUGGACAAGGCUAAGGUUAAGCGACGAGAAACGAUGACCAGACUUUUGGAUAGUAUUGCAGAGCAAGGGCUUAACGGACCUGAUGGACAUAGAGAUCAGAUGGAAAGACUAGUCAGGGAAGAUCUUGAGAGAUCUGCAGUUGAUGUUUCUUAUCCAACAUCAGCUGGAUCCAAGAGAGUCAAAGAUAGUUUUCUAUCAAUAAAGGAGGACUCCACGUUGAAUAAAUAAGACACAUAGAAUCAUUUAACACUUUUUAAUGGUCGCACCCUCUCAACCGAAAUCAUGGCUACAUCUAUUACUUUCAGCUUACGACAGUCAAGCUUGUGCUUGUUGCUAAAGAUUGUUUUGGAAAAAAUUGUCUUUGUUUUCCGCGUGCCAAUUUUGCUUUUUUAUUUUGUAAAUACCUGAUUACACAGUUUGGAGUUUUUUCUAAACAUUAACCUUUUUUUUUAAUAUAUAAAAUCGACUUGAGCAGUUUAAAAAUAACUUAUUUUUUAAUAUUAUUAAUCGUUUUAUUUAGAAGUCACAUAUCGUUUCAGAUUAUUAUUUAAGAUUAUGGAGUAAGGGCAUGACAUUAUGUUGUAACGAGAAUUAUUUAUAUGAUAACAUUAUUGAAUAAAAGUCGAUUAAAAUUUA